AUGGCGGCGGAGGCGGCGGAGCGGAGCCUGCGGCUGCUGCGGGACGAGCGGGAGGCCGAGCUCGCCCAGAGCAGGGCCUGGCAGGAAAGUGUGUCCCUGAAGGAGCUGCAGCGCGGGGGAGUCUGCUUGCUGAAGCUCCAAGCUGUCAGCCAGAGGACUGGCCUCUAUGGGCGGCAGCUGGUCACCUUCCAGCCUAGGAGCCAUGAGGCCAACACCGACCUGCCCUGCAACAGCUUUGGACCUGGGGACAUUGUGGGCCUGUACAGCUCGGCUGGGCAGGGGGACCCCCUCUGCACAGGCAUUGUCACACGUGUCACCUCCAGAGCUGUGACUGUGGCCUUUGAGGAGUCCCAGGAGGGGCUGCCCAGCCUGGAGCCAGACUGCUCCUACCACCUGCUGAAGCUGGCCAACGACAUCACCUACAAUAGGCUGAAGAGAGCUCUGCAGGCGCUGAAGCAGUACCGCACUGGGCCAGCCUCGGACCUGAUCAAUGUCCUCUUCUUCUCUGCUGCCCCAAGGGCAUCCAGUGAGACAAAGCCUCCAAAGUUUUUCAAUGACUCUCUGGAUGCAUCACAGAGGGAAGCUGUCACCUUCUCCCUGGCACAGAGGGAGCUUGCCAUCAUCCAUGGACCACCUGGCACAGGGAAGACCACCACACUGGUAGAGAUAAUCCUGCAGGCUGUACAGCAAGGCCUGAAAGUGCUGUGCUGUGCCCCCUCCAAUGUGGCUGUGGAUAACCUGGUGGAGAGGCUGGCUGGCUGCAGCGUGCCCAUGCUGCGGCUGGGACACCCUGCCCGGCUGCUGGAGCCCAUCCACAGGCACUGCCUGGACGCGGUCCUGGCCCAGGGGGACUCUGCCCAGCUGGUGGCAGACAUCAGGAAGGACAUUGACCAGGCCCUCGCAAAAAGCAAAAAAGCUCAAGAGAAAGGGGAGCGAAGCCUCUUCCUCAGUGAGCUGAAGGUGCUGAGAAAGGAGCUGAAGCAAAGGGAAGAAGCUGCUAUGGCUGCAGCCCUCACCCAGGCCAGCGUUGUCCUUGCUACCAAUACAGGUGCUUCCUCCGAUGGCCCUCUGAAGCUGCUUCCCGAGAACCACUUUGAUCUGGUGGUGAUAGAUGAGUGUGCUCAGGCCCUGGAAGCCAGCUGCUGGAUCCCUCUGCUGAAGGCUCCCAAGUGCAUCCUAGCAGGGGAUCACAAGCAGCUGCCCCCCACCAUCAUCUCUCACAAGGCUGCAGCGGAGGGGCUGAGCGUGAGCCUGCUGGAGCGGCAGGCGGCGCACUGGGGGCAGCAGGCGGUGCGCAUGCUGCGGCUGCAGUACCGCAUGCACCAGGCCAUCAUGCACUGGGCCUCCGCGGAGCUCUACGGCGGCCAGCUCGCCGCACACCCCUCCGUCGCCCACCACCUGCUCAGGGACCUGCCGGGCGUCACGGCGACAGAAGAGACCAACGUCCCCCUGCUGCUGAUAGACACUGCUGGCUGUGGCCUCUUUGAGCUGGAAGUGGAAGAUGAACAGUCUAAGGGCAAUCCAGGGGAGGUGCAGCUGGCUGGUUUGCACAUCCAGGCCCUGGUGGAAGCUGGUGUGAAGGCCAAAGACAUUGCUGUUAUAGCUCCCUACAACCUGCAGGUGGACAUGCUGAGGGAGCACCUCUGCCACAAGUACCCAGAGCUGGAAGUGAAAUCAGUGGAUGGCUUCCAGGGAAGAGAGAAGGAGGCAGUGGUCCUGUCACUGGUGAGGUCCAACAAGAAAGGUGAGGUUGGGUUCCUGGCCGAGGAGCGGAGGCUGAACGUGGCUGUGACCCGCGCCCGGCGCCAUGUGGCCCUGGUGUGUGACAGCCGCACCGCCGGCUGCCAGCCCUUCCUGCAGCGCCUGCUGGCACACUUCGGCCAGCACGGGGAGGUGCGCUCUGCAUUCCAGUACCUGGACGACAUCGUGCCGCAGAACUACACCCAGCCGGGGGGCAGAGGAGCAAAGCUGCCUGCAGCAGCUGGCCCCAAGCCCGGGGGGAGGAAGCUCAAAGCCGCCGCUGCCUCCAAACCGGCGACGCCGAGGCCAGAAGCCGCCCACGGAGCCGAGAGAGAGAGCCCGGGGACAAAAGACGGUGCCGACAGGCUUAGGGCCAUGCUGGAGGCCUUCCUGGAGAGCAGCGAGGUGCAGCUGGACUUGCCCCCGAGCCUCAGCUCCCACGAGCGGCUGCAGCUGCACCUGCUGGCCGAGGAGCUGGGGCUACAGCACGCCAGCAGCGGGCAGGGCAGGCAGCGCUACCUCCGCCUCCGCAAGAGCCACCCUGCCCGGCCCCCGCCGCACGCAGCCCCCGCCCCGAGCAGCCAGCCGUCCCCUCCUCAGCCACCACCUCCCGGCGAGGAAAGCACGGUCCCUGCUGGGCCGGGAGAAAGCAGCGAGGCCCCAGCAGACCUGAAAACCCUGCACCUGGAGAGGGUUCAGAGGGAGAAAGCCAGACGGGAGGAGGCAGCCAGGAAGGCUCCAGAGCCCAGUGCCAGCCUUCAGGGCAGCAGCAGGAGAAAAGACAAAAGUGAAGCCAAAGGGAAGGCAGCAGCAAGGAGCGGAGCAGGCAGCACGGCGGAGGAGGACAUCGACGCUCUGAUCUCUGCUGCUGUGCGAGCUGACAGCACCUGCGGCUUCCCCCCCUGCAGAGCCAGCGUCACAGUCCUGGGACAGCUCUGUCCCCACUGCCGCCGGCGCUACUGCCUCAGCCACCACAUGCCCGAGGUCCAUGGCUGUGGGGAGAAGGCCAAGGCCCAGGCACGGCAGAGGAUCAGCAGAGAAGGGAUCCUCUACCCUGGGAGUGGCUCCAAGGACAAGUCCCUGGACCCAGCCAGGAGAGCUCAUCUCCAGCAGCGUCUCGACAAGAAGCUCAAUGAGCUGACCAGCCAGAGGAAGGGCAAAAAGAAAGAGAGGGAGAAAUGAAAGAUCCAAACCCUUCCUUUGUAACCUUGGAGUCCCAGGUCAGAUACCAUAAACCAAAGAUGCUGCUAAAGCUCCAGGGCUGUCCUGAGCCAGGGAGAAGGGCAGGAGCUCUCCUUUUCGGGUGGCAGACAGCUUGGAGCCUGAAGUC